UCGUCAAAGUCUCAAACCCCCUCGCCUCCCACCUCACUCGCCACUAGCGCCUCCCCCCUCCUCCCGCCGGUCCCUACAAAUUCUCGCCGCCCCGCCGGUUCCACCUGCGAUUGACGCGCUUCCACUCCCGUUCUUGGAGCCGCUGAUUUGGAGCCUUCCGGGUCUGGUUGGCGCUGGGUUGUUCGGGUCGUUUGAUCGGGUUUAGAGUUGACCGGAGAAGGGAGGAGUUGCUCUGUUUCUUGGCUUCGGCGGGCGGCGAUGCCGGACUCCGACAACGACUCCGGCGGGCCGAGCAACGCGGACUUCUCGUCGCCCAAGGAGCAGGACAGGUUCCUGCCGAUCGCCAACGUGAGCCGGAUCAUGAAGAAGGCGCUGCCGGCCAACGCCAAGAUCUCCAAGGACGCCAAGGAGACGGUGCAGGAGUGCGUGUCCGAGUUCAUCUCCUUCAUCACCGGCGAGGCCUCCGACAAGUGCCAGCGCGAGAAGCGCAAGACCAUCAACGGCGACGACCUGCUCUGGGCCAUGACCACGCUCGGCUUCGAGGACUACAUGGAGCCGCUCAAGCUCUACCUCCACAAGUUCCGCGAGCUCGAGGGCGAGAAGGCCGUCAGCGCCGGCGGCGUUGGCGCGUUACCCUCCCCCGGCGGCUCAGGCUCGCAGCAGAGGGAGUCGACGCCAAGGAACAAUGGCGGAGGCGGUGAGGCCGGCGGCUACGGCGGCAUGUACGGUGGCGCCGGGGCAGGAGGAGGCGGCGGCGGCAUGUUCAUGAUGAUGGGGCAGCCCAUGUACGGGUCCCCGCCGGCGGCAGGGUACCAACAUCCGCAGCAUCACCACCAGAUGAUGACGGGCGGGCAAGGCGGGUACGGCUACGGCGACGCCGGCGCCGGCGGCGGGUCUUCGUCGUCCUCAGGGUUCGGCAGGCAAGACAGGGCAUGACUGUCCCUCCUUGCACGAGCUUGUUCGUUGGCGUAUCUGUUUUACUGGUAACUGGAGUUAGGCCAGCCGCCAGGCCAAUUAAUCUCUACAGUACCUUUUUUGUGUUCUAAAUGUGGUUUAAAUCGGUCAAUUUUAUUCCAAAUUAGCACCACCAGUGCGACUAGUUGCAUUUAGCUCGCUACUGUAAAUGGGCUACUGACAAGGUGCAUUUACAUACAAAAAUUAAUGGCAAGUGCAUUUUGACAGUGUACUGACGAGCAUGUUCUGUGGUCACCUGAAUGUGCA